GUUUCACAUUAAUACCAGUCUACGUUUUUUUACAAAAACCCACCGGAUUAGACUAAACUUUCGGUUGCUAGCGGAUAACCCCGAAACUGACGAGGCGGGUCCACUGGUCGGGCCAACGUGGCAUGCCUACGUGGCCAUUGUCCUUCGUUCCUCUUCUCCUCUUCCACGCCCUCCUCUCCGACCGGCUCCAACCACUCUCCCGUACGCUACUCGCCGGCAAGCCCCCGCCGGCAGCGGACCAGCAGCAUAUCUGUCCCACGCCCCUCUUCGGAGCCCACGUGGGUAACCCUGCCAGGGCGAGGAGCCUGACGGCGGCCAUGGACGGGGAGAGGCGGAGGCGGGCGGCCAUGGACGGGGAGAGGCGGAGGAGGGCGGCCAGACGGGUAGAACCGCAGAUCCGGCACACCACAGGCGCUCUGCUCUGCAGCCCGCGGACGACUCGUCUGCGCCAUCCCUCGUCCAGGUGCGCCCCUUCUUCCUCCACUCCGACGGGAGCGCCGCCUCUUCGUGCUCCGCCUGCUCCGGUGCCUCCCCCGACUCCAAGCCGCGACCUGGAGGUGGAGCUCCUCCUCGUCCCCGGGAAGUAUGGGCCGCGUCUGAGAGGAAGCAGGAGCAGCCGGCGGCCGUGGCACGAAGCCAGAUCCUCGCCCACGAGGAGCUGCAGUUCACGCUGCAAAAGGCCGAGCGCCGCAUGGACAUGGCCGAGCACGCGGAGAUGGAUUUCUCAGGGGUGAAAAUGGCUUGAGAUUGUGGAAUCCAAGGCAAUCAACUGGCCAACUGGGAGAUGUUGGAAUUGAGAACUCGCUCGUUUCUUCUACCUCAGUACCGACGUCAGUCAUGGAGCUUCCUGGUUUUGGGGAAGAAAAUCAACUGGGAUAAUGCGCUUGAGUCCACCAUGGCGCUCGGGACGCCGGCGAGCAGCUCCACCGAACGGGAGAGACGAUUCAAUCGGGUCAACAUAAAUAACUAACUAGGUGAUGUGGCGCCAUUUGGGACCCGACAGGUGGGACAGUGGCCACGCAGGCACGCCACAUUGGCCGUGGAGCCGUCUCGUCAAUUUCACGGUUAUUCGCUAGCAAUCGAAUUCUUAGUCUAAUCCGAUGAUUUUUAGUAAAAAAAACAUAGACUGAUAACAAUGUGAAAUUCUCCUAAUGUGGUCGUUUUUCGUAAUUUGGACCAGCUCAUGAGGCUUCGAAGCUUCUC